CCAAAGAAGCCAUUUUUUCAAAUUUGGAGACACUCCGAAGCUAUAUAAUCUCAUUCGAGCUGUAAGUCCCCACGCUACCCCUCCCACUUCAAUCUUAACUCUUCCUCCUUCCAUUAACUUUUUCUCAAUGGAGAGUAGCUUCUCUUCUCCCCGAAACGAUACUUUUCCGGCUGGCCUCCGGGUCCUCGUCGUCGACGACGAUCCCACUUGGCUUAAGAUCUUAGAAAAGAUGCUCAAGAGGUGCUCUUACGAAGUGACUACAUGUGGUUUGGCAAGAGAUGCUUUGCACUUGCUUCGCCAAAAGAAAGAUGGAUAUGACAUUGUUAUCAGUGAUGUGAACAUGCCUGACAUGGAUGGUUUUAGACUUCUCGAGCAUGUAGGACUUGAGAUGGAUCUUCCAGUUAUUAUGAUGUCUGUUGAUGGAGAAACGAGUAGGGUUAUGAGAGGAGUUCAACAUGGAGCAUGUGAUUAUCUUCUUAAGCCGAUAAGAAUGAAAGAACUGCGUAAUAUAUGGCAGCAUGUCUUUAGAAAGAAGAUACAUGAGAUAAGAGACAUUGAGAGUCAUGAAAGCUUGGAGGGUAUUCAGCUUAUAAGAAGUGGAUCAGAUCAGUAUGAUGAGGGCUACUUUCUCAACGCAGAUGACCUCACUUCAUCGAGAAAAAGAAAGGAUGUCGAUAGCAAAUACGAUGACAAAGACUUUGCUGAUUUUUCAUCUACAAAAAAGGCUAGAGUUGUUUGGUCCGUAGAUCUUCAUCAGAAAUUUGUAAAAGCAGUACACCAUAUUGGAUUUGACAAAGUUGGUCCGAAGAAAAUACUUGACCUGAUGAACGUGCCUUGGUUGACAAGGGAAAAUGUUGCUAGCCACUUGCAGAAGUACCGGCUCUACUUGAGUAGGCUGCAGAAAGAGAAUGAGCUUAAAUCUUCUUGUGGGGGGAUGAAGCAUUCCGACUAUUCCUCAAAAGAUGCUCAAGGAAGUUUUGGCCUUCAGAACUCGAUCAGCAUCCAACAAAGUGAUGUUGCACAUGGCAGCUUCAAAGUUUCUGGCGAUAACUUAGUUUCCCAGAGAGUGGGUAUGAAGAGCCACGAGAGUGACAUAGAGGGGAUUGUUUCAGAGCCUGUGGCAAAACCUAAGAAAGGUUCGAACGGAAAUAUUCCUGAUUCUCAGAAGACCAGGAGUCCACAGAUGGACUUCAAUAAUUCUUACGCAGAAACCAAAAAAGGUUUGAUUGGCAAUGUUCCUGAUUCUCAGAAGAUUAGGACUCCGCAGGUGCGCCCGUGUCAUUCAAUUGCAUCGGUGGAAUCUGAAGUAGACUUCACUGAAUUUGAAUCCGCUAUUCCAACAAAGUAUUCUUGGAAUGAAAUUCAAUUGAAUAAAAAGCAGAAGCCACUUAUUCAGUUAAAUAGUGGAUUCAACAAGCCACCACUGCCCGGUCCACACAGCCAUUUCCAAGUUGAUCAAGUACAAUCAAUUCCUUCCAUUAGUUCAAGACCUUCUAUCGCGGAGGAAGAUGUAACAGGCCCUGCUAAGAGUAAGCCUUCGUAUUCUGAGUGCAUAAAUACUCAGGGUAGCCAUGUAAGUCCAAGCACGACGGACUCCUUUCCUGAUCAAAUCAAGAGCUGUCUGGUAAACCAUCAAGUUUCUGAGGCCAUUUCCACUAGUACAGCAAACAUGGAGUACCCGGGCUUCAACUUGAACUGCAUUACUGAUUUGGAAUCCGCCCAAAGGAACCUAAUCAUGGGAAGUGCAUCACCUUUUGCUUCUUUGGAUGAUGGCUUUCAAAUUUGUUGGUAUCAAGGUGAUUGUUAUGGCAUGAAUCUCGGACUUCAAAAUAUAGAGUUCCCGGAGUACAAUGAUCCUGCACUUGUUUCUGAAGUUCCCGCACACUUGUACGAUGCAUUGAGAUUUGAUUAUCCAUGUGAGCCAUCAGAAUAUUCUGUCAUAGGUCAAGGUCUAUUCAUAUCAUGAACUGCCCCUGCACGGCACUGUUCUUUUGCGCAACUUCAACGAAGAAUGAUCUGUUGCUAUUUCCGUUUUGAUAAGCCAGUAUAAGUUGAAUAUCUACUAUAUCUCUGACCGGUUUGGAUUUGAAUGUCGAAAUGUUUAUCACGAGUGACGGAAAACCAUAGCAUAAUAAGCUUUCUUCUUGAAAUUUGAUGAGAUGUGCACUAAAUUUCUUGUAUCUAUAUGCAUGUGGAGAAUCCAUGCCAGAAUGGCUUUUUGU